AUGAAGAAGAAUAACCACACAAGUGUACAUUAUGACAUUGGCGGAUACUAUUCAGAGCAUGAGUGGAUUUCCAAGAAUCUACUAUAUGCUAUAUUGUUUAAGACGGCAUCUUUGGAGAAGAUAACAUAUUCUGUGUUAGUAGAUAAGAUACGGAAGAAGAGCGCAAUAAAUGAAACCGGUGGAAAGCUGAAAUUGAGUUACCGUCAAUCUAAAGCUCGGAGAGAGUCAAAUAUUGAAGAUGACGAUGAUGUAUAUGUAUUUUUAACGUCAUUGGACACAGAUGGACUUAAACCAGUAUUGCAUGUGGAGGUGGUAAAUGGUGUCGAGCAACUGUCAAGAGCGGAGCGGGGAAGUUCUGUUGGCGUAAAUUAUGAGAGUGUUGAUGAUCAACAGUGUAAUGCAGGAAUCAUUACUAUUUUUAGAGAGGGGGAAACAUUACAACAAGAGUCGGUUAUUGUAGAGCCUAUAGUUGAAGAAACGGAUAUUGAACAUCCGAUGGAGAACGCUGAGAGAAUGGAGCAUGCUGAUAGAAUGGAGAAUCCUGAUAGAAUGGAGAAUUUUGAUAGGAUGGACAAUGCUGAUAGAAUGGAGAAUGCUGAGAGAAUGGAGAAUGUUGAGAGAAUGGAGAUUGUUGAAAAUGUUGUUAUUGGAAAUUCUGAGAAUGUAGCGGAUGUGGAUAACCUGAUAGGUAAUGUGGAUGUCGUUGAGGUCUUGAAAUAUUUCAANGAGAAGACCAAAGACCAUAUCAUCGAGGCGGAAUUGGAAGCUGCGAGAGAGGCGACCACGUUGCAGGAGCUUCUCGAAGCUUCUAGGGUUGCUAAUUCGAAUCUCCGAGCGUUAGAUAUCUUCGAUUCCGUUAACAUUACGCUCGAUUCUGGUCCUCCUGAGCUUCCUGGUACCACCAAUGUUGUAAUCGAAGUUGUUGAGAGCAAAAGCCCUCUCACCGGCCAAAUUGGCGUUUACACUAAAGCUGAGGCUAGAUCAUCAAGCAUUGAAGCAUCUUUGAAGUAUAAGAACAUUUUUGGCUAUGGAGAUAUUUGGGACGGGUCUAUAGUUCAUGGCUAUGACAACUCUGCUGAGGUUGCCUUGGGGAUGUAUCUGCCAAGGUUCAGAGGAUUAUCUACUCCUUUUACUUCUCGUCUUUACCUUUCGACUCAAGACUGGCUUAAGUUUUCAUCGUAUAAAGAACGUUCCCUCGGUCUUUCUCUCGGUCUUAUCUCAAGCAAGUAUCACGAGCUGGUCUACACGGUUGGGUGGCGUAAUCUGAUAGAUCCAUCCCGAACGGCUUCAAUAUCAAUAAGGAGGCAACUGGGACACAGUCUGCUUUCUGCAUUGAAGUAUACUUUCAAAUUUGACCAGAGAAACUCAUACUUGAGGCCAACUAGUGGAUAUGCUUUUAUCUCUACUUCUCAAAUUGGUGGUCUUGCUCCUGAUAGCCGAAGCUUACGCUUCUUUAAGCAGGAGAUUGAUCUUCGUUAUGCUGUUCCGUUCGGGUUUUACAACGCUGCUCUCAACUUUGGUGUAUCUGGGGGUGUCUCCUUUCCGUGGGGAAGCGGAUACCAGAACCGUCCUUCCUCUGUGCCAGAGAGAUUCUUCUUGGGUGGCAAUUCAUCGCCUCUAUGCUCUUUAGGUGGGCCAUCUGCACUAUGGGGAUUCAAGACCAGAGGACUUGGUCCCAACGAGCCAAAGAGGAAAGGCGAUAAUGAACGGGAUUUUGUUGGAGGAGAUGCAGCGGUGACUGCGUUUGCGGAUCUCUCAUUUGAUUUGCCAGUAAGAUGGUUAAGAGAGAGAGGAAUCCACGGGCAUGUGUUUGCAUCUGCGGGGAAUAUGGCAAAGUUAUCAGAGAAUGAGUUUAGGAACUUCACUGCUCCAAAGUUCUUGGAUACAUUCAGAACUUCAGUUGGUGCUGGAAUCGUCUUACCAACUAGUGUAUUCCGUAUGGAGCUUAACUACUGCCAUAUAUUGAAGAAACAAGAACACGAUCAAGCGAGAUCAGGGGUUUGCGUCACAUUCUCUGCCUCGUCCUGAGAAAUUUUAGCUGAAGAAAGGUACUCAAUUAUGAUAUGGUAUUUUUUUUUUGGUCUUUAAAGCCGUGUCCCAGUGACUGGCAGAAUCUUUGAUUUUAUUGUUAAAUCAAGAAAAUUUUACAAGGAGAGUUGAUUUUUUUUUUUUUUUUUUGAUAUGUUUGCAUGG